CUUCAUCUUUCAUCAAAUAUUUAAUCUGUAAUCAGAAAAAUCGUUUCGUUACCGAAAGACGUCAAAGCUAAAUUUGUCGACUUAUUUACUAUAAACUCAAUAACCUUUGUACUAAUAAUUAUUAGAAAAUAAAACCCGCUUAGUAACCGUCCCUACAUAUUUAAUCAUGCCACGCGGAAAGUAUACCAACCAUAAGGGUCGCAACCGUAAGUUCACCAGUCCAGAGGAAUUAGAAGAACAAAGAAAGCAAGAAGAAAAUAAACAAAAAUGGAGAAAAGAGCAUGGGGAUAUAAGUUCAAGUGACGAAGAAUCCGAAGGGAACAAAUCUGGAUCUGAAAGUGAUGACAGUGAUUCAGAUGAAGAUCAUCCAACCAAGGCUAAAGGAGUAUCCGGCCUAAUUGAAGUAGAAAAUCCUAACCGAGUAGUAAAGAAAAACAAAAAGUUGUCUAAUUUAAACAAUCUCGGAGAAGGAGAAAAACCUCAACUCUCAAGACGUGAGAGGGAAGAAAUCGAGCGUCAGAGGGCGGCGGCCGCGUAUCAAAAGGCGCACGCGGAGGGCAAGACUGACCAGGCGCGCGCCGACCUCGCGCGCCUCGCCAUCAUACGACAGCAGCGCGAGGAGGCGGCCAAACGGCGCGAGGCGGAGAAGAAGGCCAAGGAAGAGACCACGAAGAAAAAGUAGAUAAAUACUCAGCGUUAAUCUAUAACAGGAAUGCCAUUUUUUAUUACGUUUGGCAACUUUCGAAUUCAUCAUAAUCGUCUCGGAAGUGAUGUUUGUUUCCAGUGAUAAAAUAAAAAUAAAAAAUCUUUUAAACUAACUUAACAAAAUAUCGUAAAUUUUCCUGUCCGUAAAAAUUACUGGCAUUUUCUAUCGACAACAGAUAUCACAAGAAUAAUUUCAUAAAGCAGACGGCGAAAUGACACUAAGAUUUUCAGUAGUAUUUCUAUUGCAGAAUAUGUAAAUUGCUAUAAAUUUAUUAUGAAAAAAAUAUAUAUAUAUUAAAAAUAUGCAUGUAUGACGAAUAACACUUUAAAUUGAAAUAUGUUUAUUGUAUUGAAUUAUUUUAGAACUCGUAUUGUGAGUUUAAAAUGUGCAAUUUUAGUGCAUAAAUUGUUUUUAAAUAUAAUAGCUAAUUUGUUAUUAUUGAUAAAAUGGUAAUGAAACAGUUUUCUCAUUUUAUAUUUACAAUUCCUUUAAAUUUCUUAUUUUUUUUACCAAUGUUUGUAAAACAAUAAUCAAACUAAGUGUCAUAAAAUUUCAUGUGGUCUGUCUUAUUCCCUUUUUUUUUAAUUAAAUCGAAAUAUUGAAGAACCGUGACAAAUUUUUUAAUGUUAAUAACAUUCGACUUUUAUUGUAAUGUAUUAUUAUUAUUUUUUUAAUAUACGAUGUUGGGAGAUUAAUAAAUUUGUAACGAAUGUCCUAAUGAUAGUGUUAUGGUUAAUAAUAAAUAAUUAUUAUUAAACGAACGCAUUGAAUAAUAUCAUUUAUUAUUAUAUUUCAAUUUCCACCUAAAUUAUGAAUGAAUUUGCUAAGGUCUAAUGAACUGUUAGAUAGUCUUACUAGACAAUUUUAUAUGCCAAUAUGUAUCUAUUAUAAUAAAUUAUAAAAUAAAA